GAUGCAUAUCCGCUUCGGGGGAUGUAUAAAUGCACGUAGGACUCGUUGCGGUCCGGUACCAACUCCUCAUUCUCACUUGCUGGCCAAGUUGUGAUAUACCCCCACACUCAAUAUUUUCACAUAUCUUUUGUUUUAUUCAUCAUGACAUCUGCUCGCGUGGAAGCUUCCUCCCUCAUUCCUGACUUGACCCACCAGACCAUCGAUGAUGGCCGUCUCAAGUUCAUGCAGCGACUUGGCGCCGGUGGCUAUGGCGUCGUAUACCGGGCCAUAGACACGACAUCCCCGUGCACCUCUUCCAACCCAGAACCCAAAGAAUAUGCCGUGAAGGUGGUGCAGAAGGCCAAACCCAACACGCGUAGCUGGCGCUACCAGAGACGGGAGAUCUCAGCUCAUAACACCUUGAAAGACCACCCCCACAUCCUCACGCUACACCAGGUCAUCGAGGACGAUUCCUAUAUCUAUCAUGUGUUGGAGUACUGCCCUGGUGGCGACCUGUUUUCCGCCGUCUUGGAGCGCGGCAUGCUCAUGGGGAAUGAUGAGCUGGUCAAGAAGGUCUUCGUCCAGAUCCUGGACGCAGUCCACUUCUGUCAUGAGAAUGGCAUCUACCACCGCGACCUCAAGCUGGAGAACAUCAUGUGCAUGAACGAUGAAGCCACUGAGGUUGUCGUUGGAGACUUUGGUAUCUGCACUGAUGCCUCGACGAGCAACUCGUUCGGCUGCGGAAGCAAGUGUUAUCUGAGUCCAGAAUGCAUUGGCAAGGACUUCAAUUACAAACGCUACUCUCCCAAGACUGGAGAUGUCUGGUCACUUGGCAUCCUCCUGGUCAGCAUGCUCGUCGGAUGCAUUCCGUGGAAAUACGCUAGCACGGACGAUCAGUGGUUCCUCAACUUCAUGGCGCAUGAGGAGUAUCUCUUCCGGACGCUUCCCAUUUCGCGGAAGGCAAACACACUUCUUCGGCGCAUCCUCACCUUCGACCCCACCAUCCGCAUCUCCAUUCCAGAACUACGUGAGGAGAUUCUACGCAUGGACACCUUCUUCGUCGAUCCGGACGAAUUCGACUGCGCUUCCCGCUGGGCGCAGGGACAUCGGGCCACUUCGAGACGACAAUGACAGCGUUAAUCAGCUGGAGGUCGUCGUCAUCAAAGACAGCAAUAAUGUCUUCCGGAUUGUUGACAGCUUCGGCACGGCCGCCUCCGCCUUUGUCAACCAGAGGAGAGAAGAUUCGGAUUCUGACGAUUCCGAUGAUGAGAGCAUUGGCCCCAUCACUCCUGAAACUCACGCGCAAGAUCCUGCUACGUUGGGAGACGUCCCAGAACUUAAGCUGGUGGAAGGGGAGGACUUAGAGGAUCCUAUUAGUCUCGUGCCUCUUGUGUCGAAGAAAAACCAGCGC